GCGAGAACAAAAAUAAAUAAAAUAACCCAAAAAAAAAAAAAACUGCCUCCGUUUUCCCUUUCCUCUUUCUUCCAUCUCUCUCUCUCUAAUUUAUUUCCUCUCCGUUGCACUGUGCGGAAUUCUGGUGCUGCUGCUUUCUCUCUCUUCCCCCCUCCCUCCCGAAUCUCUGCGUUUCUGUCUGUUGUUUGUCGGAGGCAGAACAAUUAACAGUCGAGGAUUGAUUGAUUGAGUGAGGGAGGGAGAGCCGAAGGCGUUGGGGGAGGGGAAUGGGGGUUCCGGCGGGGAAUUUCGGAGGAUUCGACAGCUGAUUUUUUCGUUUUUUCAUGGCGGGAGGAGAUCGCUGCGGUUUCUCUUCUUCUACUACGAUAUGGAAUUUGACGCCGGAAUUCCGAUGUCCCGAGCUGUCGUCGUUGCUCCUCCGUCGUCGAUUGUGACCGCCGAAGGAACUUCUCUGUCGCCGUCCUUGAACGAAGGUUUUUUCCUCCCCCCUCUCUCUCUCUCUAAUCUCGAAUAAUGGCAAUCGGAGCUCCGUCGUAUGGCCGUCGGCGGAGGAGUGUAUGCCUUCUCUCCCGUCCGGACCGUACGUAUCUGUUUGAUUGCUUGGGAGAGAAAAAUGCAACUGACGUGUUGCGCUGCCUGAUGACCAAAUUCCCCCGGGAAUUGUCGUUUCUGCCCCUCCGGCCCCCUCCUUUUUUCCCCGCUGCUGCGAUGAAUUCUGAGCUCUGAUCAUCACUGCUUUUAGCCCGAAAAACGUCGGAAAAGGCUUUAAAAAAAAAAAAAAAGGGAGUGGUGUUUGGGUCACGUUUUUCGUCUUCUUUCUCCGAUUUUCCCCCCUUAUUAUUAUAAACAAAAUUGGUAUUUUAAUGCUUGCUGGCUUGUUUGGUAACUUGCUGCUCGAAUCAAAUGCUCGUUCGUUCAUGGCGGGUUUUUGAUGCUUUCAAGCUCGGAAUCGGCUGUUUUGGCCUCUUAUGUCCUGAUUGCAACGUUGUGAUUCACGAUGAGUUGAUUUUUGUUCUAAAGCCGAUUCUCUAGUAUAAUAUUCUUUAUCUGUUUAUCUUCUUUGUUUUAUUUUUCUGCGGAUAUGAAUCUUAUUCUUCCUUUUUGGUGGUGCUCGUUUGUUUCUUUCCACAUUUCCUGGAUUUCCCGCUGUUGCUCAGAUAUUGGCUUUGAUGAGAGCAGUUGUUUGCGUCUUGAUGUUUCCCUGCAUAGAAAAUUGAUGGUAGUUACGGUGCUCCCAGUACAACUGAACUUCCACUGAAGAAGUUGUAUUAUUAGGCCCUGAUAUAUUUGGCAAUGGCAAGAGUUGUUAACUCUUUACACCAUUGUUCUGUCCAUUUUUGCCACCCUGGGCUCGACUGCAGUUUGCUCCUCGUCGUCGCUGCAGCUUGAGUCAGUAAUCCUCUUUUUUCUGGUUUAAAGGGCUGAUCUUUUUACCAGCAGGGGAAUUUGACGAUGAAUUAUUCUUCUCUGACUUCUCUGGUUUUUAGUGUUAGGCUGGUUGAGGGGAAAAGCUAACUUUGUUUCUUUGCAUUUAAGGUGGACUUUUUUUUUUUUUGGAUCCUGAAAGCUUCAACCUUUCUGAUGGAAUUUCAGAUUCAAUGUGGCAAGUCAACUUCAGAUCUAGUGAAGCAAUGGAUCCCGGGCCGUAUCCUGAACGUCCUGGGGAGCCGGAUUGUUCCUAUUAUAUCAGAACGGGUCUCUGUAGAUUUGGUGCCACUUGCCGAUUUAACCAUCCUCCUAACAGAAAGCUGGCUAUUGCUGCAGCAAGGAUGAAAGGGGAAUUUCCAGAAAGGAUUGGGCAGCCCGAGUGCCAGUACUAUCUGAAGACUGGAACUUGCAAAUUUGGAGCAACGUGCAAGUUUCAUCAUCCUAAAGACAAGGCUGGGAUAGCCGGAAGAGUUUCCUUGAAUAUUCUGGGUCUCCCACUUCGACCAAAUGAGAUUGAGUGUGCUUACUAUUUAAGAACGGGUCAAUGCAAGUUUGGGAGCACAUGUAAAUUUCAUCAUCCUCAACCGAGUAAUUUAAUGCUUCCAUUACGGGGUUCUCCUAUUUAUCCUACUGUUCAAUCUCCAACAAAUCCUGGCCAGCAAUCCUACCCAGCUGGACUUACAAACUGGUCAAGGGCGUCCUAUAUUACCAGCCCACGCUGGCAAGCUCCUUCCAGUUACACACCCUUGAUUGUACCUCAGGGAGUUGUUUCUGUUCCCGGUUGGAACGCUUAUAGCGGUCAGGUGGGUUCACUUUCAUCACCUGAUAGCCAGCAACAAAGUGGAAACAGUCAGAUAUACGGGAACUCCCUCCAGAAUGAGACAACGAGUACCGAAGCUCAAGGAGCGUUCUCCGCAUACCGUUCUGGUUCAGUCCCUGUUGGAUAUUAUGCAUUGCAGAGGGACAAUGUUUUUCCCGAGAGACCUGGACAACCUGAAUGCCAGUAUUAUAUGAAGACCGGUGACUGUAAGUUUGGUGCAGUUUGUAGAUUUCAUCACCCAAGAGAAAGACUAAUCCCUGCUCCAGACUGUGUAUUGAGCCCUAUAGGCCUCCCAUUACGUCCGGGAGAGCCUCUGUGUAUCUUCUACUCCCGAUACGGGAUUUGCAAGUUCGGUCCGAGCUGCAAGUUCGACCACCCUAUGGGAAUCUUCGCAUACAAUCUCUCAGCAUCAUCAUCUUCUGCUGUUGAUGCUCCGGUUCGACGUUACCUGGAGUCAUCUUCAGGACCGGAAGGUCUCGUGGAAGCCACAGCAAACUCUGGAAUGCCGAGGAGACUCUCAUUGUCAGAGCCAAGACAGAUGACUUCUCCUGGUGACGAUCAUAACAUUGAUGCAGAGGGAUGAUUGAGAUUUGAGACUGCCCCGCCGGAGUGCAUUCGUUAUAAGCAGCUCCGGAAAACUGCAGAUGGCAACCAAACAAACAAGCUAGCCUGCUUUGACUGUAAAAAUUCAUUUCCUUGGGUCUGUUGGAGAUGUACAGAGUUCCAUUCCAUCCAUCGCCACCAGUUGAUAAUGCCGAAAAUUCAGAAGAAAAUGAUUUAACUCUCUCUGAAUCUCUCAUACUCUGUUGCGUUGUAUAAAAAGAUAAACCAGUCUGCAAAAUAUUGUCUCGUUUUGGUCUAAAAUUCCAUGACGUGAACAUGUUGUCUCAAUGCGAUCAUCGAUCCUUCUUAUUUUUUAUGCCUCCAUUUCUAUUCUGAAUGUUGUACACAGAGCACUUUUCAUUUGCUCCUCUCACCUCUUAUUCCUCUCAUUAGGCACUGAACUUUUCAGUAUGACGUAUAAGCUAACUCCCCAGAAUCAUUAUUGUGGCUUCAUGUUAUCGCUUUAACUUGCAUUACAAGGCAAAGCCAGAGAAGAAUUA